ACACACACACACACACACACACACACACACACACACACACACACACACACACACACACACACACACACCAGUCUCUCUCUUUUUGUCCCUCCAAGGGAGCUUUUCUGAGAAAAACCUUUCCAGAGGAUAAUUAACAACUUAUGAGUUUCUGCUCCUGGAAAUCAUCUACUCAUGAUUGUUUGACAGCCCUUGGUGAUGGCCAGAUAUUUCAGUGUUCUCCUUCUGGUUCUUCCAGUUGUGGCUCAGGAGCUGCCCUCCACCCCACACGCCUGCAUGGAAGGUAGCUGUUAUCCGGCAACGGGAAACCUUCUGAUUGGCCGAGCUAUUAAUCUUACUGCCACCUCCACCUGUGGCCUGGAUGGGCCUGAGCAGUACUGCAUUGUCAGUCAUUUGCAGGAUGUAAGUAAGUGCUUUAAGUGUGACUCUCAGAGGCCGUACGAUGCCUAUCAUCACAAAAAGAGCCACAGGGUGGAGAAUGUCAUCUACCAAAGAGACAGCAGAGGAGAACUCACCUGGUGGCAGUCUGUAAAUGGAGAGGAGAAUGUCAGUAUUAGACUGAAUCUUGAGGCCAUGUUCCAUUUUACUCAUCUCAUCAUGAAGUUUAAAACGUUUAGGCCUGCUGCUAUGAUAAUUGAGCGUUCGUCUGAUUUUGGCCGUACAUGGAGGCCAUAUCGCUACUACGCCUACAACUGCACCAAGACUUUCCCUUGGGUUCCUGCCCACUCGCUGUUGUUUACUGAUGAGCUCAUCUGUGAGGAACGCUACUCUGAAAUUGAGCCAUCCACUGAAGGAGAGGUCAUCUACAAAGUGCUUGAUCCUGCUGUCCAUGUCAAAGACCCAUACAGUCUUGGCAUUCAGGAUUUGUUGCAGAUCACUAACCUACGGAUAAACUUCACUAAACUGCACACUUUGGGUGAUAACCUGCUUGACCGGCGUCCGGAUGUGCUGCAGAAAUAUUACUAUGCUCUGUAUGAGCUGGUUGUUCGUGGGAGCUGCUUCUGCUAUGGUCACGCGUCAGAGUGCGCACCAGUACACGGAGUGACCACCAGGGAUCCAGGCAUGAUUCAUGGACAUUGUGUGUGUAAGCACAACACUGUGGGAUUAAACUGUGAGCGCUGUAGAGAUUUCUACCAUGAUGCACCCUGGAGGCCCGCCGAGACUGAUAACACACACACAUGCAGGGAAUGCAACUGUAACGGUCACUCCAACCAGUGUCACUUUGACAUGGCGGUGUAUCUGGCUACGGGGAACGUCAGUGGAGGUGUGUGUGACAACUGUCUCCACAACACCAUGGGCCACAACUGUGAGACCUGUAAACAUUUUUACUAUCAGCAUCCAACUCGAGACAUCAGAGACCCGGCAGCAUGUAUCCCCUGUGACUGUGACCCGGUGGGAUCUGUGGAGGGUGGAGUUUGUGACAGUCAUACUGAUCUGGAUCUGGGUAUGAUUGGCGGUCAGUGUCGCUGUAAGCAGAACGUCAGGGGUCAGCGCUGUGACUACUGCAAAGAGGGUCACUAUGGACUCAGCCUUGACAACCCACUGGGAUGUCAGCCAUGUAACUGUGACUCCCGUGGCAUCACUAUGCAGCAUGCGCCAUGUGAUCAGAUCAGUGGCGACUGCUCCUGUAAGAGAUACGUAACCGGCCGCUAUUGCAACCAGUGUCUGCCUGAAUACUGGGGACUCAGUAAUGAUCUGGCUGGCUGCAGACCCUGCGACUGUGACUUCGGUGGAGCAACCAGCAGCAGAUGCAGGAUGGACAACGGUCAGUGUGAGUGUCGGCCUCAUCUGAUUGGUCGGCAGUGUUCUGAAGUGCAGCCUACGUUUUUCUGUGCUUCUUUGGAUAAUAACAAGUAUGAAGCAGAGGAAGCUUUAGGUCACUCCCCUGAUGAUCCUGCUCUUCCAGGCAACCCAAGGCCUCAGGCUGAGACUGACUGUGACCGACAGUUGCAGCAAACUUCCAGCGCAGACACGGUGCAUAGAGUGCAUAGAGAGAGACAACCGGGUCAGAUGGUCACAUGGACGGGGCCGGGCUUCGCUCGGGUUAAAGAUGGCGCUGGCCUCAAGUUCACCAUCAGCAAUAUCCCUUACGCUAUGGAAUAUGAUAUUAUGAUCAGAUACGAGCCAGAGUCCACAGAGGACUGGGAGGCUCUAGUGAGCAUCACGUCCCUGGAUUUACCCACAAGUCUCCGCUGUGGAAACAUGCUGCCCACAGAGCAGAUGUACACAGUCACAAUGCCCCACCACAGGAGGUACGUUGACAUGCCAAGGCCCUUUUGCUUUGAGCCAAACAACCAGUAUGUGGUUUCCAUCCGUUUCCAGCGUCAUGCUGUGUCUCACCGGCAUCCCACCGCCUUCACCCUGAUAGACUCACUUGUACUGAUACCCAGGUAUGAAGAGCUUCCAGGUUUCCAGGGUGACGAGGCCCUAGAUGAACGUCGACGUCAGGAGAUGGAGUUGUACAUGUGUUUGGAUUCCUUCAUGACUGUGCCGAUGCCUGCGCUGGGCGAGCAGUGCACUAAACUCAUCUGCAGCAUCUCCGCGAUCAUUUAUAACGGUGCCCUGGCAUGUCAGUGUGACCCUCAGGGUUCACUGAGUGCAGAGUGUGACAAAAUCGGAGGUCAAUGUCACUGUAAACCCAAUAUUAUUGGCCGUAAAUGUGAUCAGUGUGCACCGGGGACAUUCAGAUUUGGGCCAUAUGGCUGCACUGUAUGUGACUGCCACUCUCAGGGCUCUGUGGGGCAUCAGUGUGACCCUGUGACGGGCCAGUGUCCGUGCCAGCAUGGGGCGACUGGCCGCCAGUGCUCGGAAUGCCAGCCAGGUCAGUGGGGAUUUCCAAACUGUAGACAGUGCCAGUGUAACGGCCAUGCGGAGACCUGUGACCCUGAAACAGGUGCCUGCUAUGAGUGCAGAGACUACACAGCUGGACAGUUGUGUGAGAGGUGUGUAAACGGUUUCUAUGGUAACCCAAUAUUGGGUUCUGGUGAGCACUGUCGCCCCUGUCCAUGUCCAGGACACCCUGACAGCGGACACUCCAAUGGUGCUUCCUGUCUUACAGAUUAUGCCUCCAAUCAGAUCCUCUGCCAGUGUGGUGAAGGAUAUGCAGGUCCUCACUGUGAUCUCUGUGCACCCGGUUACUAUGGUGAUCCUAAGCAGCCUGGUGGGACAUGUCGGCCAUGCCAGUGCAACGGGAACAUUGACCCCCAAGACCCAGAGUCAUGUGACCCACGAACUGGCCAAUGCCUCAAGUGCCUGUAUAACACAGACGGCCACUCUUGCUCUGAGUGUAAACCAGGUUACUAUGGAAACGCACUCGCUCAGGACUGUAGGCGCUGUACUUGUGUAACUGCAGGCACUUUAGAGGACUAUUGUACUGAUGGAGUGUGUCACUGUGAUAAACAGACUGGUCAAUGCCCCUGCAAACCAAACAUCAUGGGUCACAACUGUGACCAAUGCACCCCCAACCACUGGAACUUCGGCUCAGACAGUGGAUGUGAGCCCUGUAAAUGUGCCCAUCCAAAUGCCCUCAGUACCCACUGCAACAUGUUCAAUGGUCAGUGUCAUUGUCAGACAGGUUUGGGAGGGCGACAGUGUAAUGAAUGUGAGGCAUUGCACUGGGGUGAUCCCAGAGUGCAGUGUGAAGAAUGUAACUGCCACCCUCUGGGGUCCGAGAUGGCUCAGUGUGACCAUGUAACAGGAGCAUGUGUGUGUAAGAAGGAGGCUUCAGGACGACGCUGUGAUGAGUGCGCCCAUGGCUUUACCGGAAACUUCCCCAAGUGCAUUCCCUGCCAUCCCUGCUUCCAGCAAUGUGAUGAUGCCAUAUGCCAGAUCGGCCGGGAUCUGACCCACAUCAAGAGUGUCAUUGCCAUGAUUCUGAAAAAGGGUGAGGUGCCCGGACUCAGCAUUGACCGCAUACGUGAACUGGAGAAGAAGCUAGCACAGGUUCAAGACCUGAUUCGAGAUGGAGACCGAGAGGGAACCUAUAACGUAAUAAGCCAGGCUAUCGAUGACUUAAGAGUGGAGAUAGCUUUGACUGAUGGGCGUCUGAUGAGCGUCAGUCGGGAUAUGAAUGUGACGGCAGACCUUGACAAUGCUCUGAAACGAAACCUAACUGCACUGGAUAAAGAACUGAAAGACUUUAACAAAACAUUUCAACCAGUGCAUACGGACCUAGAGAACUAUCUCACUGCAUUUGCAGACCAGUUUGAAAACGUGCGCAAGUACUACCAGAGUUCACUGAAUUCAGAGAAGCGCUGUUAUGCCUCCGUAUAUGGACCCCAAAGUCCUGUGGAACAGUCUGAGGAUACACGUAAACGUACUGAAGCCCUGCUGAAAGAGAGAAAGGACCUCUUCCUCCGCACAAUCCUCGCCAAUAAUAAGUCUUUGUCUGAACUGGAGGGAAAAGCUCCUGAGAUAGACCGAAAGCUCCAGGACCUCAGCAACAGGGUAUGUGGUGACAAUGGCACUGCUAGUGCAAAUAGUAGCUGCCCAAAUAGCCCAUGUGGAGGAGCUGGCUGCCGUAACAGUACCGGUGCGCUGAAGUGUGGAGGGAAAGGAUGUAAAGGAACUGUUGGUGCCUCAGUGACGGCCCUGGACAAUGCUACUGAUGUUCAUAAGAACAUGACCGCUACCAGCGAGGAGCUACAAACCAUUGCUAAAAAGCUCAGAGACAUCACCACACUUACCCAGACUGUGAAGACUCAAGCAAAGGACACACUUGAUAAAGCCCAGCGCAAGAAAGAACUCUUUAAGAACUCCAGCAAUAUAUUUAGAGACUUCAUUAAGAAGAUUAAAGACUUUUUGAAUGAGAAGGGAGCAGAUCCAGAAAGCAUUGAAAAAGUGGCCCAGCAGGUUUUGGCGAUCUCCUUGCCAGUCAACAGGACCAUAAUAGAGAACGUCUUGAUCAAGCAGAUCAAAGCCAACAUCGCCAACCUCACCAGUGUGGAGGGAGUGUUCAACCACACCUCAGAGAAACUGGCCAAAGUCAGGGAUCUGCUUAAGAGAGCUCAAGAUGCAAAGGCAAAUGCUGAAGGGGUGAGCGAUAACAUCAAUAAAACUAAAGAAGCACUUAAAACUUCUCAGAAUGCCAUAAAUAUUGCUGAGAAGAAAAUGACCACAGCCCAGGAAAACCUCAAGAAUGCCCAAAACAUCACUACUAUGGUGAACAACAAACUCUCAAAUUUAGAAAAAAACCUCAUGGAUGUGAUGAUGCGAUUGGCCAAUUUGUCAAAUGGAGUAGAUUCACUGAAAAAUAAAACGGAGCAGAACAGGGAGAUGACAACAGAUGCCAAAGCUCAGUCUGACAGUGCAACUCAAGAGGCUGCUGGACUUCAAGAGGAACUGGCAAAUGCUGAGAAUAAGUAUAAGGAGCUGAAAAAGAAGGUGGACUCCGUGGGAGGAACAGGAGAAGGUGACAUUAACCAGAAAGCCACGGAGAUGAAGAAAGAAGCAGAGGAGCUGCUGAAGAAGGCCACCAAGGACAUGGAAACCCUCAGAAACCUGGAGAGAAAGUUUAACAAGAACGAGCAGGAACUGCAGGAGCAGCGGGAUGAACUGGCAGAUCUGGAGAAAAAUGUUACAGAAGUCAGAGAAUAUAUCCUAUUAAGAGUCAAGGGCUACAACAAUUGUCAGUAGGAACUGUAAAUAAAUGACAAAAGCCUGAAAUCAGAAAUCAACUUAUCUUCUCAAUCACCCUCUGUGUGAUAUAUAUUGUUUCAUUACAGCCCAAAUUGCUGUUUCAUUUACGAAUCAGCAGCUUUGCUACUUAAUUGUUGUGAAGUUGAUGACAAACUUCAGAAUGGAGCACUAGGUCUUAUCGUCAUCAUACUAAAUAUGUUUUACUAAAUAUCGACCAUACUAAGUGGUUCUCAAACUUUUUCAGGCGUCGGUCUCAUUUGAUGUCCUUUUCACUGCUCCUGACUCGAGUCACCAAUUCAUAUUUUUUCCUAAACUGCUGUUUUGUUCUUAUUUUAUUGAAACUAGCAAACUUUUUGCUAGCUAAGAAAAUGAAACAAAUACUUACAUACAUUGGCAGAACCAUCAGGUAUGUUAUUUAAUGUUAACAGUGUCAAAAAUCAACCAAACAGACCACAGUUUGAGAACCACUGUACUAAAUGAGCUGCAGACCGACUGUUGUGUAGCCUAGUGGCCAAAAACAUGCACUGCUCUUCAAAUGUUUGGGGCCAGUAAGAUUUUUUUGAAAAGAAAUUAACACUUUUAUUCAGCAAGGAUGCAUUCAUUUGACAAAAGUGAAAUUAAAGACAUUUAGAAUGUUACAAAAGAUAACAACUAAGAUGAG